CAAUACCUCAUAAAAAUGGUCAAGUUUUUGGUAAUUAUGGCGACAUUGGUGGCUGCGGCCCUAGCUUACCCUGGUUACGGUUCUAGCGGGCACAGUAGCCAAGGAAGUGGCGGCUUUGGCGGCAGCCAAGGCGGCUUCGGAAGCCAAGGGGGACUCGGUGGAGGUAGCCACGGAGGUGGCCUCGGUGGAGGUAGCCACGGAGGUGGUUUUGGCAGUGGUAGCCAAGGAGGCGGUUUCGGCAGCGGUAGCCAAGGAGGCGGUUUCGGCAGCGGUAGCCAAGGAGGUGGUUUCGGAAGCGGCAGCAGUAGCUACGGUGGCCACGGAGGUCAUGGCAGUCAUCACCUCUCUGAGCUAGAUGGUGGAUACGGCCAGGGACAGGGCGGUUACGGUGGCAGCCAGGGAGGCUUCGGUGGAAGUCAGGGAGGUUUUGGCGGAAGUCAAGGAGGUUUUGGAGGCAGUAGCCACGGAGGUCAAGGAGGUUUUGGAGGUGGUAGUCGCGGAGGUCAAGGAGGCUUCGGAGGAGGAAGUCAUGGCGGUAUCGGUGGCAGCCACGGUAGCGGUGGAUACGGACAUAAAUAUUAAGUACCUUAUUUGAAUUAGAUGUAAUAAAAACGUAAAUUGUGAUAUUGAUCGACUCCCAAACCAGUAAUAAAUAUUACGGAAUUUAA